AUGCGACUCCUCGACACAACAACAUUCGAGCUCCGCCUAGACAGCCAGGAGUUUUUCCAGGCCGAGGGCUACGCGAUCCUGUCGCACCGCUGGGUCGGCGCGGAGAUCACCUUCGACGAGAUCGCGCACCACGCGCCCAGCCUGCGCGACGCAGGUUCCCAACGGCUCACGAAAUCGCCGCAGCUCGACAAGAUCCGCGGCGCGUGCGAGGUGGCGCACGCCCAGGGGCUCCGAUGGCUGUGGAUCGACAGCUGCUGCAUCAACAAGGCCAGCGCCACCGAGGAGGCCGAGUCCAUCAACUCCAUGUUCGGCUGGUACCGCGGGGCGCGCGUGUGCAUCACGUACCUGUCCGACGUGCGGAGCGGCGCCUCAGCUGAGCCGCCUGCGUACCAGGCCGUUGAGUCGAGCGCGAAGAAAGAGAUGCCUUCCAUGGGGCGGGUAUCAGACCCAAUCUUCCGCCGCGCCGGCAGCGACGCGCCAUCAGAGUGGUUCUUUCGAGGCUGGACGCUUCAAGAGCUCCUCGCGCCGCGCGACAUGGACUUCUACGACGCGGACUGGAACCCCAUCGGGAACAAAGCCUCGCUCGCGGCGCAGAUCCAGCACAUCACGGGCAUAGACGCAGACUACCUAACAGGCGCGCGGGACUUCCGCAGGGCGUGCAUCGCGACAAAGAUGAGCUGGACCGCGGGGCGGACGACCACGCGCGCCGAGGACGCGGCGUACAGCCUGCUGGGGCUGUUCGGCAUCAUGAUGCCGCCGCAGUACGGCGAGGGCGGGCCCCGCGCGUUCCUGCGCCUGCAGCAGCAGCUCUUGUCGACGACGGCGGACGAGUCCAUCUUCGCGUGGAGGAUGCCUGCGCCGGACGCGGGGAUGCGGUACGACGUCGAGCGGAACCCGGACACGAGCUUCGGCGCCGACGAGUGGGGGCUGCUUGCGCCGUCGCCGGAGUGGUUCCGGGGGUGUGGAAAUGUUACCAUCGAGGGCGGUCCGGCGAUUCACCGCCCGGCGAGGUCGUUUGAGGUGAACCGGCAGGGCCUGCAGGUGCCGGCCAUGCAGUAUCAUGGCAACGGGAUCACCAAGUACAAGCUCAUCCUGUUGUUCUCCCCGCUGCUGUUCAUAGGGGCUAUCCCGGUCUUCUUCUACAUUAGGAAGAAGCUGAUGAAGAUUGCGGAAGAGGGCGUUCCGUUCGCGCUCAACUGUUGGUCCACGGAAGGGGGCGAGCCGUCGGCGGCUAUAUCGGUCUAUCUGUCCCAGUUACCGCAGACCAUGAAGACGAACGUUGGGAUCACCGAAUACAAAUUCAAGAGGGUCCGGUGCUCAGAGCUCCCUCUGAGCCAUAAGUAUGCGGUGAGAGGAGCGGAGAGGGAGGUCUUGGUGCUGCAGCCGGAGCUGCGGUUUGGGAAUUAA